GCAUCAUAUCCGGGUCGAGCGUGUCGGCUGGUUACUGCUUACCAGCAAGUUGGAGAUAAAUAGAGGGUGUCUCUGCCGGAUUCAGGAGUUUACACUUUAGUCUCUCGGUGGCAGGCUGUCAGAGUUCGUACAGUUCACGUCGAACACCUUUACCUUCAGUUGUCAACGUCGCCCAACGUCUGUCGGUACUUGGAAAAAAAAAAAAAGCGCCGAGCCCUGAUCUUCAUACAAACAGGAUCACAGUGAGGACUUUGCUGAUUUGUCUUACUGAGGAUCUUCUUCAUCAUGAACCCACCCAGGCAGAUUUCACCGGAAGAAGAGAGCUUGACAGCGGAAAUCCAGAAGAAUCUCAAGAAUGAAGAAGUCGUCAUCGAAACGUUCGACACAAAGCAAGCCUUCGUUCCCAAAGUCAAGAUCUUUCUCCGGGGCAACGCUUUGCUGAUCCUCACCAUGGUGGGCAUCGUGGCUGGCUUCGCCCUGGGAUUCGGAAUUCGAGAGCUCGACCCGUCACGUGGCGCUCUGAUGUGGCUGGGCAUGCCGGGAGAACUCUUUUUGCGUCUCUUGAAGAUGAUGAUACUUCCGCUCAUUGUCUGCACCGUUAUCACAGGCACCGCCUCUCUGGACCCUAAAGCAAAUGGAAAGAUCAGCGCUGUUGCCUUCGCCUACAUCGUCAGCACAAAUGUCAUCGCAUGUGCCGUCGCCAUCUUUCUGUGCCUGGUCAUCAAACCAGGUGUUGGUCAGCUGUCUGUAAGCGCCAACACUGCAGAGCAAGAACCAAUGGAGACGCAGGACAUUUUCGCUGACCUUCUGAGGAAUAUUUUCCCAGACAACAUGAUGGAAGCAACCUUUAGAAAGAGUCAAACAAUGUACAGAAAGAAUUCAGAAGUCGUGGAACGAAAUACUACAAACGGAACAUCUAUUGUGUCGAGCCUCAUAGCACUUUCUAAGUACUCUGGAAAAGCAGACGGCAUCAACGUGCUAGGACUUAUCGUCAUCUGCACGGUGGUGGGCAUCGCGAUGAACCAGUGCCAGGACAAGGCCAACACGCUCUUCAAGUUCUUUGCUGGGGCCACUGAUGUUGUCCUGUUGAUAAUCCGUUGGUUUUUCUGGCUGACCCCGUUGGGCGUUGCCAGUCUGAUCGCGGUCUCCAUCGCAGGGGUACACGACAUCAGCAACGCCUUCGCCCAGCUGGGCAAGUUCGUGCUGGCCGUGUCCCUGGGUAUCGUGCUGCACCAGUUUCUCAUCCUUCCCUUCAUCCUCUUCGCCACCACGCGCCGCAACCCCUUCAAGUACCUCCUCAACAUCGUCCGACCCUGUGUCAUCGGCUUCGCGUCCACCAGCACGGCUGUCGCCAUUCCUGAGAUGCUCGAGUCCUGCGAGAAGAACAAAGUGGACAGCCGCGUGGCUCGGUUCGUCAUCCCCUUCUGCGUCACCCUCAACGCUGACGGAAGCGCGUUGUACAUCACUUCCGCUGCUAUUUUUAUCGCACAGUUAACUGGAGUCGGUGUUGGAGUCAGUGACGUUAUCAUCAUCGGGGUUCUGACAGCUGUGGCAGCCAUGGCUAUCCCGUCAGUGCCGAGUGCAAGCAUCGUGACCCUCGUCGUCAUUCUGACAUCACUAAACAUUCCAGCCAAUGACAUCGCUCUACUCUUUGCCGUGGAGUGGUUCCUAGAUCGAAUUCGCACGACCUGCAACGUCGUCAGCCACACGUUCUGCGCAGCUGUCACGCACAAGUUUUGCCAGAAGGCCCUUCAAACACAUCCCCAGGACAAGCUUGAUAUCGACUCCGAAUGUGACGACAUUUCCUCCUACGUUUAAACUGAACGUCUUCAACUUCACGUCUUCUCCACGGACCCAACGUGAGGACAAUACUUUGAGCCAGCGCGCCAUCAGCAGAGGCUUAGCAAAGGGAAAUAACUCCUGCAUAUCUCUUUGCGCUUUGCUUUAGUGAUAGACUCCCUUUGACUGCAGAUCGCGACAUUUCGGGGAUUGAGUCGUUCAAAGACGAUGGCAGAACGGCAAACACGUGACUGAAGUGAAGGGGCUUUCCAGAAGCGCUGUGUGGCUCAAUGGUUAAUUGUUUUUAAUUUGCUACAUUGCCUGGCAACACUAUCCAGAGGGACAUUUCAAGAUUCCAACAGAAAUGCUGGAUAGUCGACUUUAAGCAAUCUCACAUCAGAAAAGACUAAUAAUGUUAGCACUUGACAGGAAAAAGUCUUCCCGCUGAACCAAUGAGUUUCUGUCAUACACAUGAAUGCGGGGUGGUUAACCUGACCUUUUCAGAAAGUGGACUCAUCAGUACUUUUGACCCUUACCGAAAAAAAGCUCAUCCUUUUGGACAAACACCUGAAACAUUGAUUUUUAUCAUUCGUUCAUGCGGCUUGAUUUCUUAUCCCUGACCUUUCGUGACAAGAUGCAAGUUUUAAAAAGAAAAUAAGACUGGUCAGUGUGCUGUCUUUGUGCCUGGGAUGCUAGUCACCGGUGAACCGAGGCAGCCACUAAAUAAAUAAAUGCUCGUCUGCAACAGAAACCGAACUGCCCAAGCCCAUCGGAAUGAUUUGUAGAGCGUAGUGAAAGCAGAUGACAAAAAGGCGGGGCAUCUUGGAGACAAGUACAACGUAGGUUGGUGAUGACAUUAGGUUUCCCUUUUUUUUUUUUUUGUUUGGAUGAUCUGCCCACGACGAGUUGUCUCAUCCGAACGAUACUUGACGGCAUUAUUACUCGAUGUCGACCUAUUAUCAUUAAAUCUUGUAUGUAUGUUGACACUGCAGCACUUGCUCGAUGACAUGACAGCUUUGCAGUUUGCAUGGUGACAUUGCAGCCUUGCAGACAGCAAGAUAAUAUUACCAUAUUACGGUUUACGUUUAUCUCCACUCUCUCCCCUUCUCCACCCUUCUCACCACUACCCCUCCAGUUAUAAAACUUUCUUACCCUCCAUACUUUGUUAGCUAACACCGUACACACGCUCGGUUUCAUGCGCAAUUAGGGAUUCUUCUAAGAUAUCCCUGCACCAAAACUCUAGUCCCAACUCCGUUACUUAUUCUGCGUCAUGACCUGUCUCUUCGCUUUUGAUGGCCCGGCUUAUCAUCCACGUUCUCGUGUUACUUUCCAUCUGUGGCCAUGACAAAGGACCGAAGGCGAUACUGCUUCGGAUGUUUUGAAUGGAAUUAUUCCAUUGUUGGCUAUUGCUGGAGUCGAUCAAAUUUUAUGCCUAUAUUACUGUAGCAAAUUCUUAUGGAAGGACUUGGCAUCUUUUUUUGAAAAAAAAUACUGUAUUGAGAGAUUGUUUACUAAUAAUCACACAAAACAAGGGUUUUGUUGCCAUGAAAACAGUUUGAUGUGGAUGUUAUGGCAAAGAUAGGUGCAGUGUAAGAAGCUGGCUUGUGUGUCACAAGCUAUAGCGAGUACAAAAACGAUGCAGUUGAGGAAGGUGGCGAAAAUGUUCACCAGUGUAGUGACCUACUGACGCCAUACUGAAAAAUUAUUGUGUAAAGUAAUACUGUCACAGGAUGAACGGAGUGCCAGGAUCCUUCCACACACACACACACACUCAAACCAAAAAAAAAUAAAAACACUAGACAAAAAAUGUGGCAUUACAGGCAGAAAUGUGAAAUCCGUGUCAUUGAACUCGAACAAAGAACAUUACACGAGUUGGUGCAGGCUCCUUGUGUGAUGAUAAGUGAACGGAUAUUUUGUUGAUUUUAAAAGAAUUUACAUUUUUAUUGUUCUACUCAGCAUCGAUUUUGAUGUGCGUGGGGCAUAAUUGUUUUUCCCGAGAAAAUAUUUUUCUAGUAAUUCGUCACCUUUUUGUGCAUGUUCAUAUGAUUAUUUGUAAUUAGUGUACAUAGGUGUAAGAUAUAUAUUUAUGCUGGUGGAUUAUUAAAGAUGCUCUUCAGUGUAA